GCCUAAUGCAUAAAUGUAUAAAAACCCGAGGCCUCAGUCCGCGAGGCCUCAGUCAUACAUAGUCAGUAACGUCGGCGAUCUGCUCAGAAGCAAGAUGAAAUCGGCUACGUUGUUGAUGCUGCUGUUCGCCUGUAUUGUUCCUAUAACAGCAGGACGAGUCAAGAAAGAACCAGGACUGUUCUGCGUGCAUUGCUGUGGACCGCCGCCAUGUUGCAACUACUGCGGUCGGAAGAAGAGGUCCUCCCAGUCUUUACUGGCUGACGCGCUUUUGGGGAAGAGAGCCAAAGCCUUGCAGCAGCCCGAGGGAAUGGACAAAUUCUAAGAAAAACCCUCAAGCUGUACACUAAAUAUGCACUGCUCAGACUCCUGACUGUAUCUGUACUGAACAUCAUCAGAUGAAAUAAACAUGGUCAGCAUUGUGUACCUCUUGCAGUCA